CCCUCUUGUCCCUCCCUCUGAUCCUCCAGGCGACAGUCCCUGGCGAGACCUCUGUGGGCGAGUGUUCAGGACAGUGCCGCCGCCGGGGGAAGGCAAGUUGGGGCGGGGCUCCAGUGGCUAAAUCCUGCUGUGGAGCGGUGCAGCCAGCGCGCCGCUAUCUUCCGGAUCUGCGGAGUGUACAGUGAUAUCCUGAAAGAAGAUGGGAAAGGGCUGCAAGGUUGUGGUUUGUGGCUUCUUAUCUGUGGGGAAAACAGCCAUUUUGGAGCAGCUCCUUUAUGGGAAUCAUACUAUUGGAAUAGAAGAUUGUGAAACAAUGGAAGAUGUAUAUAUGGCUUCAGUGGAAACGGAUCGGGGAGUAAAAGAACAGUUACACCUUUAUGACACCAGAGGCCUGCAGGAAGGCGUGGAACUGCCAAAGCAUUAUUUUUCAUUUGCCGAUGGCUUUGUUCUUGUAUACAGUGUGAACAAUCUUGAAUCCUUUCAAAGAGUGGAGCUUCUGAAGAAAGAAAUUGAUAAGUUCAAAGACAAAAAAGAGGUAGCAAUUGUUGUACUAGGAAACAAAAUCGACCUUUCUGAGCAGAGACAAGUGGACGCUGAAGUGGCACAGCAAUGGGCAAAAAGUGAGAAAGUGCGACUGUGGGAGGUAACGGUUACAGAUCGGAAAACUUUGAUUGAACCAUUCACUCUGUUAGCCAGCAAACUUUCCCAGCCCCAGAGCAAAUCAAGCUUUCCUUUGCCUGGGAGGAAAAACAAAGGGAACUCUAGCUCUGAGAACUAAAAAUCAGUACCACAAUUGUUUGCUGAAUAGUGACUGCUUUUAAAUGUCUGUGAACAUAUUUAAAAUACACCAUUUGUAGCUACCUUUGGUCCUUUGGAAAUCCCAAAGGAAGUAAUUUAAUGCACUGUAGAUCUUAAUUAAAUUAUUUGGGCUAAGUUUAUUAUUGCCUGCUGUAAAAUAUUUGCAUUCUGGUUGCUUAAAACGUGUCCUUGAUAUAGCACCUUUGUUAGAUAUGUUUGUACCUAUGAGUAGCACCCCCCACGACCUGUUUCAGAAGACAUCAUUCUGUAUAACUUUAAAUAUUCUUAGCUCAAACAUAAAUUUGUUUUUAAAAUAUUCACUAGUCAUCUAACGCCUAGGAUUACAAAGUGGCAUUUUACUGUGUCCAAAUUCAAUCACAAACAGUAAACAAUUUGGGUACUAAGUGAUGUAUAUUUUAUCUGGUGGACAUCUUGCUACUGUUUCCCCGAAAAUAAGACCUGGCUGAUUGUCCGGCUUGGUCUUAUUUUCGGGGAAACAGGGUACAUAGAACAAUACCUAUGAUUUCGCUUUGUUCAAAUUAUAUGUUGAGCAUGACUUGAGUUAGUAGGUAGUGUAAAUACGUUCAAACUGUUUCUCCCAUCUUUAGAAAAUUGCUAGGCUCGUAAGGACAGAAUAGUAUACCUUUUGGAAUAGUUUUCUGCAUAUGUAGUCUUGUAGAAUAAAAUGUUUCAUAUAAAUAUUGGAGUACAGUAGUCUUCAAGUUAGAUACCUUGAGUUUGUGCUAAGCUUCUCUGAAUCUUGGCAAGAUCUGAGCAGUGGGGCUCAUUGUAUUUAGCAAAUUGACAAUAUUUUAACUAAUUGUAUAAGUAGGAAGCAAGUUAGUGGUUUCAAUGUGAAAGCAGUUAUUUGAUUAUAUUUAGCUAUUUAAAUGUAAAAUAAGAAAUAGCUGUUCAGCAAAGAAAUCUAAAAACAUCCAGUAAAUUUUAACAUCCUAAAAUGAAUACUUUUAAGGCUAGGUUCAGUGAAUUUAAGCUCAGUUGGCUCAGUUCAGUGAGUUCCAGCCAAGAACUACGUAUAAAAGAUACAAAACUUAUAAAUCAGCUAGUGUUGCUACGGUAUAAUUCAUUAAAACUUCUCAUCCCAUUUUUUUGGUCAAAAAUUAUCACUCAGAUAUGGUUACCGUAAGUCAUUCCCUGCCUUCUCUCCCAGUUACUGAGUGUUUGAUCUUCUAGGUUUUUUCUCUUUUGUAUUUUACAUAGAUUGAUAAAUACUUUUACAAUUAUUUUUAAAUACACUGAAUCGUUCUGCAGUUUGCUUUUUCCUGCUGAACUUAGAUCAAUGUUAGCAUGCAUAUACUUAGCAUAUUCUUUUUAAAUGCUUAAUGAAUUAGUUAUGUACCUUCACCCUGUGUGCCUGGGUGAGUUUCUCUGCUAUAGCUACAAAGAAAUAGAAUUGCUGCACCCUAGAGAUAUGAACACUUAGAACAGCCAUGUUAGAGGGCAGUUGGCAGUACCCGAUGUAUCUACCCAUUGCUCAGGUACUUGCCACCACAGCAUCUGUACUUUAGAAAUGCUUGUAAAAAGAUGCAGUCGGCUUCAUCUUUGAAAGAUGAUGCAUUAAAUUAUCUAACCUUUUCUAAGACACUUAAAAAAAUCAUCUAUCCCACAAGGCUGUUGUGUAAAUUAUAGUAACUGACCAAUCCUAACAUAGGUGAU